UCUAUUACAAACUUACUUUAAUUACCGCGCCAUUCUGCACAAACGAUGUUCCGUUGAAACAGAUAAAUAUUACUGAUAAUGAGGUCGAUUUUCUGUUGGUGUUGACCCGACAGUGGGUGAUAAGUUACAAGUUUGUGUCAUUCAUCGUAUGGAUGCGGUGUUGGAACGAACCAUGGGUUUCUUUGUGGUUUAAAAUGAAGUGGAGUGUGGUUUUUACGUGCCUGUGCUUCUUUGUUGGGGUUUCAGCAAAUUCACUGAAAGAUCCAUACAUUUGUGGUAUACCAUCAUGCACACCCUCUGAGAAGUUUAAAUACUUACCAGAAAUUAUUUAUAACUAUGAGUACAAAGUGAGCGUCAACACUUGGUUCGCCGGAUCCAGCAACAACCGGUCUACAUUAGAUGUUACGGCUACUGCGGAGCUUCAGUUAGUGACGGCGUGCGAGGGUCUGCUCCAGCUCAGCAAUGUCACGCUUCAGGAUCAGGACCACAACUACCCACUCGAGCGGUCGGAGAAGUUUGUGCUGGCACUCACGCAGCAUGACCUCAGGUUCGCAUUCCACGACGGGCUCAUAUCGGAGAUAUGCCCGCACGCGUUGGAAGAGGACUGGGUGCUCAACUUCAAGCGAGGGCUGCUGUCCCUCUUCCAGAACAGCAUGAAGAGGUUCGACAUCAACUUCAAGGGAGUUGAGCGCGACAUCCACGGCACAUGCCCGGUCGACUACUCGGUGCGGGGGCAGGAGAACACCAGCCUCGUGCUCAUCAAGAGCAGGAACCUGGCGCAGUGCAGCGACCGCUACAAGUACCAGUCCAUACUGCAGACUGUACGCUACAACUUCCAGAGUGACUACCAAACCUGGCCAGUGUUAAACUCGGAGAACAAAUGCCGCAUCUCCAUAGACCACCACAUAUACAAGUCGGUGAACUGCAAGGAACGCCAUCUGUUCGAGCCAUUCUCAGGAAACAGUUCUGGAGCCAUGACCACGGUGGAACAGAAUCUGGUGUUGGCCAAGGAGGUUAACAAGACGGAUAUGCAGAUUAUUGAGUCGCAGCCUAAGACGUGGUCGGUGAUAACGGUUCGUUCGAACCUGCUUCACCACCACAUGCCCAACGCCAGGCCUUCUACCGGUGAACUCAAGUCUGCUAGAGAUGUUCUAAAAUUGCUCUGCCAAGUAAAAGAGCCAUCAGACGACGACCCUCCACCCUCAGUGGACGACAAACUAGACAGUGGGUCCACGGUGGGGCUGUGGGGCAGCCUGGUGCGGGCCUCGCGGGGCCUGCCCCACGCCGCGCUCACACAGCUGCUGUCGCGGGCCACAGCCAUCUGUGCGAGAGCCAAAAAGCACAUCCUGGACGCACUUCCGUACAUAGCGAGCGAGGGUUCCGUACAACUCAUCAAGGACAUGAUUCUAGAACACUCCGUGGACCAACAGACGCGGGACGAGUGGCUCAUGUCCAUGGCCAUGAUACCCAGACCGAAGAUCGGUAUGCUUAACAGUAUGCUGGAACUCCUGAAAAAGGAAAAAUACGACAAAGUAGUCAGCUUUACCGUGUCUUCUAUGGUGCACUCCUACUGCAAACAUACUAAGAAAGGAUUACGAGAAUGCUGCGAAGAGGACAUACCUCGUCAGAUCAUGGAGGAGUUUCAGGGCAUUGUGAACGAAGUGAUACACGACGGCGUCGUCAACGCACCGCGAGCUAAGAAAACUAAUUUGAUAAUCGCCAUCAAAUCGCUGGGCAACAUAGGCGGGUUUAAACAGGAGUUUUCAGACGUGCUGGUCAACAUCAUAAGCGACGUCCUCAUCCCCGUGCCGAUUCGCUUGACGGCCAUCGACGCGUUCAGGAAGACACCCUGUGAAGAGACCCGAGAAUACUUCCUAGAGAUGUACCGUGAAGACUACGUGGAUAUAGAAGUGAGAUUGGCGUCGUAUCUACAAGUGAUGCGGUGUCCAAAUCUCAGCACUAUUAGAAAGAUAUUCCACGCACUCAAACAUGAAAGGGUUAACCAAGCGGCGACAUUCGUCUGGUCGCACCUCAACAACCUCGGCCAGUCUUCUUUACCCUCCCGCGUAGAAAUUCAAGGUCUUCUAUCGGGCAACACGGUGCCUCAACUAGACGACACUCCGGACUUCCGAAUGUUCUCCACUAAUUACGAACAGGGCGUGUUCUUUGAUCAGUAUAAUGCCGGCGGCAACUACGAAGCUAACGUAAUAUUCUCUCCCGAUUCCUACAUCCCCCGCUCCGUGUCGCUCAACUUGACUAUCGACAUGUUUGGAGAGAGCAUCAAUCUGUUGGAGCUAAAAGGCCGAGGCGAAGGCUUCGAGCGCUACUUCGAAUCGAUAUUCGGCAACGACGGGCCUCUCAACAAAAACAAAGUGAACGACCAAGUCCAGGAACAAAUCGAGAAGCUCCGCUUCUACCGUUCAGUCGACGAUGCGGACGAAGUGCGAAGGAAAGUCGACGAUCUGGGAUACAAGAAUGAAGCUUUAAAACACCAGUUUCCGUUAGCUGAGUUGGGGAUUAAAGUGUUUGGAAAUGAGAUAUCGUAUUGGAGCGCUGAGGGUGAUGAAGAGAUUCGGCAGUCGCUGGCCAGAUUGAAUCCGCAAGUUCGGUUGAUGGAGAUAUUGUCUGGGAAGGUGAUCUCAUACAACAAGGCGUCCCUCUUCCUGGACACGACGUUCUCCGUGGGCACCGGCUGCGGGCUCCCUCUCAACAUGCACCUCAUGGGCACCAGCUACGUCAACAUGAACAUGUCGGGCACCGUCGUCGACCGCUCCUCCAGCAGACACCACACGGACUUGAGGGGGAAAAUACAUCCGAGCGUCGCACUAAACAUAGCGGCAACAAUGGGAGUGAUAGCGGGCCGUCUCUCCAGCACCGGAGUUAGACUCAACACGCGUCUCUACACCGCCACGGCCGUGGAGAUAGCCCUCACGCUCCGAGGGUUCCAGAUGAUGAAGCUCGACUUGUCGUUGCCGCAUUCUAGGCAGGAGAUCUUUGCUUACAAAUCAGAACUGAUAAUCCUCCACGGUGACAAGGAGCUACAGCAACAGGGUCUGAACAAGAACCGCAUAGAACAGAACACCUGCAGCUGGUCCACUUUCGACCAGGCUAUUGGUAUCAAGCUCUGCGCCGCUUAUCAGUUCCCCAACAUGACCAACCUUCGCGACGCCCCCUACUUCCUUCUCAGCGGCCCUUCCAAGUACAUCCUGUCUCUAGAGAAGGCGGACCCGAGUGCGAAGACUUACGCCAUGCAAUAUACUUGGGAUAAGAAUGACACGAACAAUAUGUUUACGUUCUCGUUUGAUACGCCUAAUAGUAAGGAAAAACGUAUAUUCAACGCACUAGUCAGCCUGUCACCCAACUCUAGCACAGCAGAAAUGACGUUCCAAUCAGCCAAAAACACAUUAAAAGCAAAAGCCAUGUACAAAAACCUAGAAUACGAUAAAUGCGUCGAAGCGAGCCUUGAUAUAGAUGGACGGAAACAGUUUGACACUGUAAUGGCGGUUAAAAGGCAUGAUAUCAAAUUCGGCUAUGUAUGGGUGCCCCGGGCAUACUGGAUAGUAAAUGAACAGAAGAUUGCUGAGUUAUCUGGAACACUAAAAGUGAAAUCUAAAGGCGGAGUGACACAAGUAGACAUAUCAGCCGAAUUCCAAACUAAACAGCUAGCAUCUAGACUGCUUGGAUACUACACUAUCAACGGACCAACCCACGGGACGAGACUACAACUAGACUAUCAGUUCUAUAAGAACCCGAAACAGACUAUCAAGAUAGAAGGGCUGUAUAGUGAAAGAUCUAUGGGUUUUAGACAUGACGUUUAUGGCGAGUUGGCGAUGGAUUCUACUGCGUAUCCUGUGUACAACUUUUAUUCUGUGUUGAGUAAUAUUAAAAGCCAAACCCACCUGGACAUAAAGUUCAACGUUAGUGCGUCCCGCGCGCUCAAACACGAUCCUUCGUUCUUAUUCGCGUACAGUCGCGUGGAUAAACUCUCUGGAAUGAAGUUGGGUGCGCGAGUGAUGUUGGCAAGACCGCGGGCUGCGCAUGCAGAAAUACAUUUUGAACAGAUCGGCCCAAAAUACAACGCAAACGUGCUCCUAAACUUCAACCCAAAGUCCCGAGACAUAGUGGUGUCCGGCUACAUGUGCUACCCGCCCGGCGCGCAGCUGUAUGUGGACGCCGAGCUCAACAUGACGCUGCCGACGCUACACCCCAUGGCGGUCAAGGCCAAGAUACACGAGAAACAGCCCAACGAGUUCCAGCUAAACGCCCUAGGCAUGUGGUUCACGGGCGUAGACUUCAACAUAGACGCAUUAUACCAGGACCAGUCUAAAACCAACAUGGCGUCACACCGACUGAAAGUGCUUAUCAACAGCAGCCAUUUCAAGGAUAUAGCCGUGGAUGCGAGGUUUACACAGGACAAUAGACAGAUUACGUUUAUUGGACAGGGAGAAUACAACGACGGUAAAUACCGCACCCUGCUCCGGUACAUUCUGCUCUCGGAACAAAACUUCACCACGUAUGCCGAAGUGGAUAUCAGCGGGAAAGCGUAUAGUGUCAACCUGAAUGCAGAUAUGAAUAAUAAUACUAAUGUCAAUGUGGAUGUACAUUUUGAUCAACUCCGCGACGUGCACAUGUCCUACCAGCGCUGGGCCACUGAGAAGCAGAAACGGCUCAGUGCAGCCGUCAACUGGGACGCCAAUAGAGACCCGUCACAGAAGAUCAGUGUGGACGUGCAGUUGGAUAAUAAGGGGGACUGGCACCAUGCUGGGUACAUGACGGUUUAUUAUCCGGGCAGGCUGCUGAAUGGGGAGUUUGAGGUGCUGUUGAAAGAUUGGUUCUGUGAAUGGCAUGUCCGCAUGGGUUGGUCCACCGAAGACAUUAUUCUGUGGAAAGUGAAGAUGUACUCGGUGGCUACUAAAGAGACGGUUUACGCGCUUCUGUCCAAAAUGAACACUCCCUUCCCAGGGUGGAAGGAUACGAGUUUCAACCUUAUGUGGCGCUACCACGACAACCUGCAAGCGAUAAACGGCUCUAUGAACUGGCAAGAAGACUACCUUUCGUUCGGCUUGCUGGCGGACUAUAUGCUCAAAACAAACGAGUUCUAUGGUGAAAUAAACGCGAUAGUCAACUCUACUAUACCGACUCUGCCUAAAGCGGCCGCUAUAGCCAGACAUAGGAUGGUUUGGAAGAAUUCUUCGGAUACUCUGCUCAGUUUUCAGUACAACGAAGAUGGCAUGAUGAUGAUCAACUCGUCCUGGCUGUUCGACCGAGGCGAGCACGAGAACAAUGUCACGGGGAAAGUCACUUUAAUUACACCCUUCCCGGGCUACAAAAGCGGAUUCCUGAGAACGAAAUUUGUGUUGGGCCACAAGAAAGACAUCAAUGGCGUCACGUAUUUAGAUCUAGAAGAUAAAGUGUUGAAGAUUUAUGUCAACGGCCACAUGCGUCGCAUAACCAACUGCAUGCUCGUGAUGAACGUGACUCAUCCCAUCACUCAGUUCUCUCACAUGAGCGCGCGGCUCGGCCUGGUGGAGGCGGACCGCCACCUCGUCGCCGUCGUGCUCACGCAGGCCUCCGCUACCGGUAUCGAAGUCCGCCUCAAGUUGAACUCGGCUCAAGACUUCCACGUGUUCGGGCACGUGGCGCUCCCCAUACAGUACCUCACUAGAGCCAUGGUCACCGCCAAACGGGCUAAAGAAGAGGCAGACUUCCGCGUCGGCUGGGGCCCCAUGGACCUAGGCUUCACGGGCAUCUGGCACUGGCAGUCACCCAUCAACUUCGUCUAUCUGUACAAACUGUACACCCCGCUGGAAGGCUUCGAGGAGAACGGGCUGGUGUUCAAGAAUAUCUACGGGCCGGGGUUGGAUACGGAGCUGUCGGUGCGCCUGUCUACGCAUAAGUUCGGCAUAGCAAUCCUCCUUGUCGACUCCGGUAAAGGCCUCAUAGACGUGAUAAACGACAAGUUCCACCAAGAGCAGACGAGCUACGACGUGCUCAUUGAGGACUUCGACACCGCCGCCGCCGUCACUAUAGACACGCUGUACUACCCCACCGUCACGGCUUCAGCUCAUCUUAUCAAGUAUGUUGGGGCCAAUGAAGAGGACAUAUUGCAAGUGAACGCAACUCUCAAUCUGCCAGAGAAAACUCCUAUCGUAUUGACUGAUAUAUUCGUAUUGGAGCAAUACACAGUAAUGAGGAACACCCUUCACCUAGUGACUCCGUUCCAAGCGGUCAAAGAGCUCAAGUCUGUAUACACGGUUGACGUCAUAUUGGGAGAGAAGUUCAACAUUACGUGUGUCGCUCUACUGUCUAAUGGCACUUAUUGGCAUGAGAUAUCCUACAAAGUAUACUACGAAUACGAGACCGGUGAGGACGACGCAUACCAAUCCUACCUCUCGUCGCUCGCCAUAGUGACGCCUCUGCCCAUGCUACCUGCCCUCGACUGUACCGUGAGCGUGAGGCUUGAAGACUCGCUGUGGAAGAUGGCGGCGGAUAUUGAGAUGCCUUCCUUCACUGUGCAGGCGAAGGGAAGACUUGAGUUGGACGACCCGUUCGUGGAAACUUCUGGAAGCAUCAACCUGACAUCAGCCGUGUUGGACGACUAUUUCAUCAAGAUGCAGUUCAAGAAAGACUUCUCCGAGAUCGAGAACACUAUCGGGGGUGGCCUGCAAGUGUUGCAGGGCGAUCAGAAUAAUUAUAUGUUCGCAGAUGUCCUCUGGCGCCCAACACCCAAACACGUAAAGUUCAAGGCAAAAGCGGCCUUAUUCCCAGUUCUACCUCCUUCAGACAUAUCCAUAAUAUACUCAGACGACACAGCCGAUGGGCUAAGGACUAUAACUACGGAUCUGAACCUUGGCAAUGAGAGUUAUUAUUCGAUGAAAGCUGAUCAGAGACCUAGCUCUGUCUCGCUUGCACUUAGCACUCCGCAUAAGGGAUUCAGGGCCGUGAAAAUACUGGGUGAAUUCGAAGAAGAAGACAUCAGAGGGUCAUUCGUAUCCGACACCGUCGAGUAUGGCAUCACUGGGAAACGACUCAGCAAGGAACCGCUUGAGCUAUCCCUAACCCUAGUCCCUAAAGGGCAAGGCGAGCCUAUCACGAUUAGGGUCAAGUCCACCACUGUGGACCACAAAUACAGUCUGUCGGCGCACUUCGUCGGACCGCAGACGUUCACCCUACACACUAAUGCAGAGUUUGAGGACAGCUUCACUGAUCUGUCGCUUAAGGUAGACAUGCCAGAAGGCAAGAACCAAGACAUCUUCUUCAAGGCUCGAGUGGAUUCCUUGAAGGGGCUCCGUCGCGCGGUCUCCGUGCAGGCGGCCACGCCGCUCAAGAGGCUCAGCCGACUCAAGGGGGACACUAGCUUUGAAUUCGGUCCAAAGACUGGUUUUCUCCUGUGCAACUUCGACUUGCCUGACAUGAAGGGAAAUGGCGAUCUCAAGUGGAGCUUCGUCCUUGGAGAUUUGUUCAUAAAGGCAAUAGGGCACCAAGACGUCCAAGAGACCGUCCGUAGCGUGGACCUGGACAUCUACUUCGGCAACGGAACUGACUCCGAAGGGCUGGAGAAGAGCGACGCCGGGUUUAGGAUGGACCUGGAUAAUGUUUGGCAGAUCGGCGCCAACGCCACAUUCGGCACAUUCAUGAACCGGCGCAUGAAGCUCAUCAUCAACGCCAUAUUGCCCAAGCCAAAUGUGGACGUGCACACCCUGUAUAUAGACGGCGACAUGGGCGACCAAGAUAUGCCCGUGAAGAGCUUAGACGCGAGAUAUAGUACUGAUGUCACGAGGAUAUUGACUGGGCUUCAGGGGAAGGUCCUAAUCAUGCCAGACAGCUUCAACGGCAACGCCUCUAUAAUCUGGACGUCAGACUCACACGUAGUCUCCAUCGACAACCGACUACAAUACGCUUGGGACGGGAACAAUUCGCACUAUGUCGACUACGGGUUGUGUACGCCACAUGACUCGUUUGCGCUCAAUGGCAACUUUAUCAGGGAUCGAGUGCACGACUACCAAGUUGUCAAAGGCAGAAUGCACCACCCCAACAACACGCAAAUAGGAGAGAUAGACCUGCGCUACGGCGGCAUCAAGCAUACAGACGGACACUUCAACGUGACAACACCCUUCAAACGACUGCCGUGGUUAAAGUCCGUCUUUGACAUAAACAACAACGACGACAAUUCCAAAAACAAAAUCUUCGUCAACUGGCCGAACAAAACUGCCUCUCUCAACACCACUCACAACUACCUCAAACAAGACACAGGCUUCACGCAAACCGGAGAUAUCUCGCUUUCCAUUCCAUUGAACACCCAACAUUUAGUCACAACCAACUACUACUAUGUACAAGGCGAGCAACGAAGCAAUGGAAACGCUACAUUGGAUUUCGAUAGCGAGAGAUUUGUCAAGGCGUCGUUUAAUCAGAUACUGGGUAAGAGUGAGCGGGGUUUGGACCUUGCCAGUACGGAUAUAGAGGUGGAGAACAAACACACGCCUGUCGGGAUCAAGUAUAUUCACGAGUAUGAUGCAACUGGGAAUACGGACGUAAAACAAGCGACAGUAGUCCACCUCUACAACGCCACAAAAUUCAACGUGACUGGCAAAAUAGACGUUUUCACUUUCGCCACCGGAAAGAAUCUCAAACUGACAGCCAUGCAUGGCGAGAGAACGCUGACCUUCGAGAAUGAAUAUGAAUCUGUGGAUAAGGAGUUGAAACAAGGGAGCAAGGUUAAAUGGGCAGAAGAUGUGUGGAUCAAUUACAAUAUUCACGUCACUAAUAUGACUACGGAUGAAACAGAAUCUCAACAAAUCGACCUAAACAUCUGGUACCCGCUGCGACGCUUCAACCUUCUAGCGCUUUACAAACUGCGCGACAACCUUCUAGAAGGUUCCGGAAGAAUGAACUGGAACGUCAAGGACGAGAACAAGACUGCCGAGUUGAAGGCCAAGUGGGAGAAUCCGCCGACGGCUGACGCUAAUCUACAUAAUGUGCAGUUGUUGCUGUCGCAUCCUUCGUUUAGAAAGGACGUAUCCCUAAACGGCUACUACAUAAGCACACCAGAAGUGAUGUCCAACAUAUCGCUAGAACUGCAAUAUUCGGACUACGAAAACGAAUACCUUCGGCUAAAGUCAAUUCUAACAGACAACUCGAAUGGACCAAUCAGAGACUACAGAUUCGGCCUAACCUGUUCCCAUCCGGCUACGAAUUUGGACCUGGAAAUGAGAUCAGAUAUAAAUAUUCAUAGUAAAUGGUAUUAUUUUGAUAACUACUAUCGGUUCCAAAAGUCGCUGUUUUUCCAGAAGUUGAGACAGGCGAAGAUUCUGAUUGAUAUGAAUAAUAGUACUGUUAUGUAUGCGCGUUCAAACGAAACCUACUUCUACAACAUGACGGGUCGCUGGGACCUGUCCUACCCGGACUACACGGUCAGCGGCACCGUGGCGCGCCCCACCGGCGGCGACACGGCACACGCCGUGCUCUCGGUGAAGGAUAGGGCGUUGACGGCGCAUUAUAAUAGCACUGAUGACAUAUCCUACCAUCUAGUAGGAAUGAUAGUCGACACUCGAUCCGCCAAACUAGACGCAUGGCGAGACUAUGAUGACGUCACGACUGUGGACCUAGCGUCUUACAUCCGACUAAACCACUCCCGACUUCUCACUAGCUCUGUCGUGUGGAGGCCACAGAUCUUCGGUGAAGUCAAGGCUUAUACUGUGAAUACACUCAAACAUGUCUACAGUCAGGUUAAUGAGACCCUCGUGAUAAUUAAAGAGGUGCCGAUGGAAGCGCAUACAGCUUUGAAGAACAUUUGGGGCGACGCUAGAGUCAGGGUCAGGGAGUUUUUGGACGAUUUAAACGAUUUACACGUGAUCAAAGACGAUUUUGACGAGUUCGACCGGUUUCUGAACGAAUCGUACAUGAAAAACGACUUUUAUGUCAAAGAUAUUGUGGAAUUCACGUAUUAUGUGCUUGAUGAAAUGGCGAUUCGCAAUCAUUUGGAGAGUUUGCCUGGUAUUGUUAAUGACAUGUGGGGUAUGAUGGGAAACACCAGUCAAUCCAUCAAACAGAGUUUAACGUAUGUAGUCGACACGAUAAAAAAAGCGUACGCUAAUUUCUUAGACUCGCUAAACAAAUUUUUGGAGGCAGAUUUCAUGGAAUUAGUCUCUGAUAAGUUAGAAGCAGCUAUUAUGCAAUACGACACUUUUGUCAGAGACCUACAUAUGAAGUUAUUAGACUAUUGGGAAUCAACAUGGGUUAAUGCAAGAAAUAGACUGUCGAAAUACUGGCACGAAUUACUCAAGUCUAUGGAACCUUUGUUCUUUAAAGUUGUACAUUAUACGGAGUCGUUUGUGUUUACUCUAUGGCGGGGAGUUAUGGACUUCUUCUACAGUAGAACGCAGGAGUUGACAGAUUCGCCGUACUUCAACUAUGUGUCUACGUUUGGACAUGAGAUGGAUCGAAUCUACAAAGACCUAGUGAACGAAGACAUAAUAACGAACAUAAAGAAGUACAGUAAGAAACUGUGGAACGUGGCGUGGGACAAGAUACAGAAGUACAUUCCGUUCAAAGACGAAUUGGGCCAACUGUACGCGGAGUUCAGUAACGCUUGUGAUAACUUCAUGCAUACGCCGCCAGUUAUGUAUGUUAGGGAGAAGUGCACAGAAGCGUACGUCCGUCUGAAGUGGUGGUACGAUUACUUCAUGAUCGGAGAGGCGCUUGAUAAAACUUGGGAUAUCGUUUACGCCAAAAUAACUGACUUCGCCAAGACCGCACUGCAAUAUGAGGAAAUCCAUCGCACACCUAAAACUAACUUCGUUUUCGACCCGCGCAAAGGAGAGAUCCUUCUUGAACAGAAACUACCUAUGUCGUGGCACGCCUUCAACCGAACCCCGGACUUCACCGAAAUAGCCGAGUAUAAGGCUGUCAAGGACUUCAUGGACCAAUGGCUCACCAGCAACAAGAGUAUCUGGAGUUAUUACUACGAUAUCCGGCCGUAUAUGGACUUUAAUAAUGUGUUGCCGCCGUUUGGAGGCACAGCCAUGAUCACAGCGCAAGGCACGCUAGUAACAUUCGACAAACGUGUCCUCACCGUCACACAAACAGGAACCUUCGUUCUCUGCAAAGACUAUAAGCAUGACAAGCUGACUGUACUUAUGGAGGUUCAUAAGGAUAAGCCGUUUACCCUAUUGCUGUUGACUAAGGGCAAACUGUUGAGUAUUAAUAUGGCUACUGAGCAAGUCUCCAUAGACUCCGGCCCCCCCCUAACCCUACCCACCACCAUCGGUGACUACCUCGUCGACCGCGCCGGCGGCGUAGUCAACGUGUGGAGCGAGGGAGCCCGCGUCUCAUGCAGCCUGCAGCCACGGACCUGCCAGCUGCGAGUGCCGGGUUGGUACUUCGCCAGCGUGGGAGGCCUCCUAGGCACAUACAACAACGAGUUAUACGACGACCUGCAAAUACCCAACAAGGGUAUAACCACCAACGUGACUGAGGCAGUUAGGAGCUGGGACAUAGGCCCGCCCGGGCCACGGGAAGCUAUAACUCGAGUGCCGCAAAAUGAGACGCAGUGUCACAAGUUCUUUGUGAAUAAUGUGUCGCCGUUGCACCCUUGUACGCAGAGAAUAAACGCGACGCCGUUCUUCCUCUCGUGCGUGUCGGGCGUGGACGCGUGCUCGCUCGCCGCCGCCUAUCUACAGCUGUGCGAGCAGACGCACGCGCCCGUGCACAUACCCGAGAUAUGCGCCACAUGCACCACCCCAGAAGGCGACACAAUAGAAGAGGGGUCAUUCUACAAGCUGGACCACGUGCCCGCGUCCACUGACGUGGUGUUUGUCAUAGAGGCGCAAUUCUGCAACAAGAACCUACGGAAGAACAAGAAUAUCGACCUGUUUAUCGAGGCUUUUGAUAGCAAGCUGCAGAGCAAUGGGUUGUCUGAUAAUAGAUACGCGAUAGUCGGUUUCGGCGGGCGCGGCGUGUACAAGAAGCCGCGCUUGCUGUACGUCAACAACAGGGUGUUCACGGACGCCACGCAGAUCGCGCAACACUUCGACAACUUCGUCAUUGAGAAACAAGACCAGUCGCGCACCAACAACACCGCUCGUGCAGACAUGUUCGCCGCGCUCUCCGCCGCCGCCACGUUGCCGUUCCGUGCCGGCGUGCCCAAGACGCUCAUACUGAUGCCUUGCACUAGAUGUGAUAUCAGGUUUAUGAGGUUGGACUACUCGACGAUAUACCACAAUCUGCUGGAGAACUCGAUCACUCUGCACAUUCUGAUGGACGAGGACUUCAUGCUGUCCAAGAAACGCGCCGCCAAGUAUUUGUUCGGUGUGGACAGCCGCCUCGCCUACACCAACAAAGACUAUGAGAAUCUAGUCGGAGACGCCGGCCUCAGGAAACAAGUGAAGCUGCCCAAAGACAAACUUGGCCUGUGCAUGUCGCUGGCUAUGGAGAGCAACGGUACAAUAUUCACGGCGCGUAAGCUAGCCGGCGACCGGGCGACGGCGCGCCGCCUGUCCACAGUCCUGGGGGGCAGGGUCGACCCGCGGGCCGCCCCCCAGCGCUGCGAGUGUCGCGAGACAGCCCUGCACUGCGUGCAACAACCCGCCAUGGAGCUCUCAUUUUGGGAUUCCGAAGACAUCGAAGAAUUAAUAGAUAUGGCGAUGGAACCACCCACACUACCGCUGCCAUAAUGCAUUAGCAAUAAAUAUUAAGUAUAAGAUAAGAAAUAAACAAUCUUAGAAUAGACAUCGAAUGUACAUAAUACUUUAGUAAUGUAGUAUGCAAAAUGUUUUUAUUAACUGACUAAGCUUAUCGCUUUUAAUAAAUUAUUUUUGUCACA